AUGGUCGACGCUCCCGAGAGUCCCAGACCGCAAUCGCAGCAACAAACACCCCAAAAGCCGCAGUACCAAAAUGGAGUCAGAACGAACGGCCGCGCAUUCAACUCACUGAACUGGCGCGUGAAGCGCGAGGAGAGUCCCUCUCAAUCUGAGAGCCAGAGCCAGGGUCAGGACCAGAGCUCGCCGGGCCCGAGAACGUCGAGGGUAGGAGGAUUUAGCCGCCCCAAGGAGAAUGUUGUGCCCCAGGCUAUCUCUGAGGGACGGAGACUCUAUGUCGGGAACAUGCCCUAUACGGCGAAGAUGGAAGAUGUAAAGGAGUUGUUUAGAAAGGGAGGGUUUGAGGCUUCACGCGUCGACAUCUCAAUCGACCCCUUCUCCGGCCGCAACCCCUCAUACUGCUUCGUGGACCUCGAGACAAAGGAGCUUGCCGAACGCGCGAUGACCGAACUGGACGGAAGCGACUUGCUCGGAAGACCCGUGAAGAUUAAACCAGGUGUCGUUAAGAGCGCCUCUGAGCGCCAACAGCAGCAGCAGCGCACAGGACUAGGAUCGGGUAACGGCGAUGGGCCGAGCUCGGGCUCACCACGUGGAAACAAGACAUCGCCGUUUAAUGCGGACCGAUGGCGCCGGGAUGAGAAUUCGGGCCCGGCCACACCUACGAAGCUGAGUACUGGUCAGGGCAUGAGCACAGGCAGCGCGGACCCAAACAAGCGGUUAUACGUCGGUGGGCUGCCGCGCUUGACGGAGCAGGAUGAUAUCACCACGAGCAUCACGGAUUUCUUUAAGGACUAUAAUGUCGCAAAUGUUUCCAAACUCUUCACCCCCCACCCAGCGAAGCGCUUCGAACCAGGUAACCACUACUACCUUUUCGUCGACUUCGCCACCGUCGAAGAAACGCAAAACGCCAUGGCCGCGAUGAACGGCGCCGAGGGUCCUUGGGGCUCUGGAAUCCGUGUGCAGCGGGCGCGUGGGGAGACGUGGAAGGAGACUGGCUCUAGCUCGGAAGAGAGAAAACCUGCGAGCCACUGGGGCUCAUCUACUCGGGCCCAAGCACCCGAGGCUGUGGGUACUGAGGGUGUGGUUGAGGCGUGA